ACGACGACGAAUAGAUUCACAGGCUGUAUCUAUCAUCUACAUAGGCCAGCAUCUGCUCAGCUGUUUCGAUGAGAUACACAAACAAGAUUCUCCAUUUCCCCCAAAUCUAAAACCCUAAUUUCAAUCAAAUGCUCCCUCCCCCAAUCCAACUCAUCAUAAUCAUAAUCAUAAUCUUAUAAACCCCAAUGAAAUUCGCAAACCCUAGAUUACUAAUCAUGCAAUUCCAGCCACCUAAAGCAUCCCCAAUUGAAUUCAAUCUGAAUUCAAUUUCACCAUCCAACGAUGAUUCUGAUGAUUUCAAUUUCGCGUGGUACGGUAACAUCCAGUACUUGAUCAACAUCUCUGCUAUCGGCACAAUCACUUGUAUUCUCAUCUUUGUUCUCCUCAAGCUCCGUAGUGAUCAUCGUCGUUUACCCGGUCCAACCGCUAUCGCUUCCAAGCUUCUUGCUGUUUGGCAUGCUACUGGGCGUCAGAUUUCCCUGCAUUGUGGUGCUGAUGCUGCUCAGUUUCUCUUGAUUGAAGGUGGUUCUUGUGCUCUUCUCGUUUCGCUUGCUUUUCUUGAUGUUUCGGUUUUGCUUCCGCUUAAUAUCUAUGCUGGAAAUGCUCCGAUGGCUGAUCAGUUCUCGAAAACUACUAUUACUCAUAUUACCAAGGGUUCUUCUUUGUUGUGGGUGCAUUUUGUUUUUGUUGUUAUUGUUGUUGUUAUUGUUCAUUUUGCUAUUAAUUUGAUUGAGAGGAAGCUUAAAGUCACGAGGUUUAGAGACGGUAAUGGGAAUCCUAGUGAUCCGGGUGUUAAUAAUUCCUCCACUGCUAUUUUUACUGUGAUGGUUCUAGGGGUGCCUAAAAAUUUGGGGUUUGACAAGACUCCUUUUGUUGAGUAUUUUCAGCAUAAGUAUCCGGGGAAGGUUUAUCGGGUUAUUGUGCCUAUGGAUUUGUGUGCUUUAGAUGAUUUGGUUACGGAAUUGGUCAAGGUUAGGGAGGAUAUUUCUAAGUUGGUUAGGAAAAUGGAGUUGCGGGAUUUGGGUGAAGAUUAUUAUGAGAGUGAGUAUGGGUUGCAUGGUUCCUGGAGGAGAGUGAAAGAUCUGUGGGGCAGGUUUGUUGAUGAGUUGGGUUUGUCUAAUGAAGAGAAACUCAGGAAGUUGCAAGAGCGUAGAGCUGAUUUGGAGAUGGAUAUGGCAGCUUACAAGGAAGGGAGGGCUAAGGGUGCUGGAGUUGCAUUUGUGGUGUUUAAAGAUGUGUAUACUACAAACAAGGCUGUUCAAGACUUCCGUAAUGAGAAGAAGAGGAGGGUUGGGAAGUUUUUUUCUGUUAUGGAGUUGCAGUUGCAGAAGAAUCAUUGGAAAGUUGACCGAGCACCGUUGGCAACUGACCUUUAUUGGAAUCAUCUGGGCUCCACAAAGCUUUCCCUGAAAUUGCGGAGAGUGUUUGUCAACACAUGUUUGUUGUUAUUGCUUCUGUUCUUCAGUUCUCCUCUAGCUGUCAUAACUGCCAUCAAGAGUGCUGGGCGUAUUAUUAAUGCAGAAGCAAUGGAUAAUGCUCAGAUUUGGUUUGCUUGGAUUCAAAGCUCAAGCUGGCUUGCGACCUUAUUCUUCCAAUUCUUGCCCAAUGUUCUUAUAUUUGUGAGCAUGUAUAUCGUGAUCCCUUCUGCUCUCUAUUAUCUCUCCAAGUUUGAGAGACAUCUUACUGUGUCUGGGGAGCAGAGAGCUGCACUUUUGAAGAUGGUUUGUUUCUUUUUGGUGAAUCUUAUCCUCCUUAGGGCACUGGUUGAAUCAUCUCUAGAAAGUGCUAUAUUGAGUAUGGGUAGGUGUUACUUGGAUGGUGAAGAUUGCAAAAGGAUUGAGGAGUACAUGAGUGCUUCUUUCCUGUCAAGAUCCUGUCUCUCGUCUGUUGCAUUUUUAAUAAUAAGCACUUUCUUGGGGAUAUCUUUCGAUUUACUAGCUCCAAUACCCUGGAUUAAGAGGAAGAUUCAAAAGUUCCAAAAAAAUGACAUGCUUCAGCUUGUACCCGAAAACAGUGAAGACUAUGCACUGGAGAGUUCGGAUACUGAAAGCCUUCAGAGGCCACUUAUGCAUGAUGGAAUGUUUAACACAGCAGUUGGGAAUGGGGGAUCAGUUAAUGGUGGUUCUGGAUCAAGUGAAAUUGAUAUACCUGGGCAGGAUCUUUCUGAAUAUCCAAUUAGCAGAACCUCACCGGUCCCAAAGCAGACGUUUGAUUUUGCACAAUAUUAUGCAUUCAAUUUGACGAUAUUUGCUUUGACCUUGAUAUAUUCCUCAUUUGCUCCACUUGUGGUUCCUGUUGGGGCUAUUUACUUUGGAUAUAGGUAUGUAGUAGAUAAGUACAACUUUUUAUUCGUGUACAGAGUGCAAGGUUUUCCUGCUGGCAAUGAUGGGAGGUUGAUGGAUACUGUCUUGAGUAUCAUGCGUUUCUGUGUCGACUUGUUCCUCCUUUCUAUGCUCCUGUUUUUUUCAGUCAAAGGAGAUUCCACGAAGCUGCAAGCUAUUUUCACUCUAGGAUUGUUAGUUAUGUAUAAAAUUUUGCCUUCUGAUAAUGAUGGCUUCCAGCCCGCUCUAUUGCAAGGCAUGCAAACUGUUGACAAUAUUGUAGAAGGACCAAUAGAUUAUGAGGUCUUCUCACAACCCAAAUUUGAAUGGGAUACAUAUAACUUGUGAUUAUGAGCAGCCUGUAUCUAUACAAAAUCCUUUUGUUGUUGGUUUAUGCAUA